GGGCUACCCAGAGCCGCAAGUGACAUGGCAUAGAAACGGACAACCCAUCACCGGUGGGGGCCGCUUCCUGCUGGACUGUGGUACCCGGGGGACUUUCAGCCUUUCGAUUCAUGCUGUGCGUGAAGAGGACAAGGGAAGGUAUACCUGUGAAGCCACUAAUGGUAGUGGUGCCCGCCAGGUGACAGUGGAGUUGACAGUAGAAGGGAGCUUUGUGAAGAAGCCUGGCCAGCCUGUUGUUUCCAAAGCCUUGGGGGACAGAUUUGCAGCCCCUGCCGUGGAGACCCGUCCUAGCAUCUGGGGAGAAUGUCCACCAAAAUUUGCUACCAAGCUGGGCCGAGCAGUGGUCAGAGAAGGACAGAUGGGGCGGUUCUCCUGCAAGAUCACUGGCCGGCCCCAGCCACAGGUCACCUGGCUCAAGGGAGAUGUUCCCCUGCAGCCCAGUGCUCGUGUGUCUAUGUCCGAGAAGAACGGGAUGCAAGUCCUGGAAAUCCACGACGUCACCCGAGAUGACGUGGGAGUAUACACGUGCAUGGUGGUGAACGGGUCAGGGAAGGCCUCCAUGUCUGCUGAGCUCUCCAUCCAAGGUUUGGACAAUUCCAAUAGGUCACUCGUGAGAGGAACAAAGGUGGCCGGUACAGACAUCAGGAAGGAAGUCACUCAGGGGUCCAAACCGGAUGGCCUGGCAGCUGCUGCCGAAAAUAAAAACCGCCCCAGCACCCAGCGAGGAGGCUCCCCAACCUGGGCCACAGGGAGCCAGCCUCAACCCCCCAGGGAAUCUGAGCUGGAGCCGCUGGGGGACUCCCCCAGAAAGGGCCAGAGGGCCCCCGUCCUGCAGAAGACCUCCAGCACCAUCACCCUGCAGGCAGCAAAAGUCCAGCUGGAGCCCAGAGCUCCAGUCCCAGGCACCCCCUGUCCCUCCAGAGAAGAGAGGGAGGAGCCAGCUGCGGCCCCUCCAGACACCCUCCCCACCAGGCGGUCAGGCCUGGGAAGCCAGGACACCAUGGGCAAGGUUGCUACCAGGAAGGUCCCCAUGGAGAGCCAGAGGGACACCACGUUUCCCAAAUUUGAGAACAAGCCCCAGAGCCAGGAGGUCAGUGAAGAUCAGCCAGUCGAGUUCAGAUGCGAGGUUUCAGGGAUCCCCAAACCUGAAGUGACCUGGUUCCUGGACGGUGUCCCUGUGAGGAGUCGAGAGGGCAGAAUCGAAGUUUACGAAGCUGGGGGGACGCAUUACCUCUGCCUGUGGAGAGCCCAGGCCCAGGACAGCGGGAGCUACAGCUGCACAGCCGCCAAUGUCCGAGGCCAGGCGUCCUGUCACUGGAGCCUCCUGGUGAAACAGCCAGCCGUGGUGGAGGUGGCCCCAUCAUUCUCCAGUGCCCUGAAGGACUGCACUGUUGUUGAAGGUCAGGACUUUGUGCUGCAAUGCUCAGUGAAGGGGACCCCAUUGCCUCGAAUCACUUGGCUGCUCAAUGGACAGCCCAUCCAGUAUGCCCGCUCCACCUGCGAGGCUGGCGUGGCUGAGCUCCACAUCCAGGACACCCUCCCAGAGGACGAUGGCACCUACACCUGUCUGGCCGAGAACACCGCGGGGCAGGUGUCCUGCAGCGCCCGUGUCACUGUCCAGGAGAAGAAGAGUGAGGAGAAGAGCGAGUGCCUCCUGCCCGCGGCCCCCAGCAAGCCCACCGCGCCCCUCUUCCUGCAGGGCCUCUCUGACCUCCACGUCAUGGACGGGAGCCAGGUCACCAUGACAGUCCGGGUGUCAGGGAACCCGCCCCCGGAGGUCAUCUGGCUUCACGACGGGACUGAGAUCCAGGAGUCCGAGGACUUCCACUUUGAACAGAGAGGCACUCAGCACAGCCUGUGUAUCCAGGAAGUGUUCCCGGAGGACACGGGCACUUACACCUGUGAGGCCUGGAACAGCGCAGGAGAGGUCCGCACACAGGCUGUGCUCACUGUGCAAGAGCCGCAGGAUGGCACCCAGCCCUGGUUCAUCAGCAAGCCCCGCUCGGUGACUGCCUGCCUGGGCCAGAGUGUCCUUAUCUCCUGUGCCAUAGCCGGCGACCCCUUCCCCACUGUGCACUGGCUCCGAGAUGGCAAAGCCCUCUCCAGAGACACUGGCCACUUCGAGGUGCUACAGAAUGAGGAUGUGUUCACCCUGGUUCUGAAAAACGCGCAGCCCUGGCACGCCGGCCAGUAUGAGAUCCUGCUCAAGAACCGUGUUGGCCAGUGCAGUUGCCAGGUGUCCCUGAUGCUACAGAGCAGCCCGGCCAGAGUGGUCCUGCGGGGGAGGGAGCCUGCCAGCUGCGAGGGCCUCUGUGGCCGAGGAGCUGGUGCUGAUGGUGGUGGUGGUGGUGACGGCUACGGGAGCCUGAGGCCUGGCUGGCCGGUGGCGAGAGGGCAGGGUGCCCCCGCGGAAGACGACGGCGAGGACGUGCGUGGGGUGCUCAAGAGGCGCGUGGAGACACGGCAGCACACGGAGGAGGCCGUUCGCCAGCAGGAGGUGGAGCAGCUGGACUUCCGUGACCUCCUGGGCAAGAAGGUGAGCACCAAGACCUUGUCUGAAGAGGACCUGAAGGAGAUCCCAGCUGAGCAGCUGGACUUCCGCGACCUCCUGGGCAAGAAGGUGAGUACAAAGACCUUGUCUGAAGAGGACCUGAAGGAGAUCCCGGCUGAGCAGAUGGAUUUCCGCGCCAACCUGCAGCGGCAAGUGAAGCCGAAGACCCUGUCGGAGGAGGAGAGGAAAGUGCAUGGCCCCCAGCAGGUGGACUUCCGCUCUGUCUUGGCCAAGAAGGGGACUCCCAAGACCCCUGUGCCUGAGAAGGUACCCCCUCCAAAACCUGCCACCCCAGAUUUUCGCUCAGUGUUGGGCAGUAAGAAAAAAUUACCAACAGAGAAUGGUAGCAAUAAUGCUGAGGCCUUGAAUGCCAAGGCAGCAGAAGGUCCCAAGCCUGUGGGCAAUGCCCAGCCUUCAGGGUUCCUGAAACCUGUGGGCAACGCCAAGCUGGCUGAUACCCCCAAACCCUUGAGCAGCACCAAGCCAGCAGAGACCCCCAAACCCUUGGGUAACGUCAAGCCAGCCGAGACCCCCAAACCCUUAGGUAACGUCAAGCCAUCAGAGACCCCCAAACCCUUGGGUAACGUCAAGCCAGCCGAGACCCCCAAACCCUUGGGUAACGUCAAGCCAGCCGAGACCCCCAAACCCUUGGGUAACGUCAAGCCAGCCGAGACCCCCAAACCCUUGGGUAACGUCAAGCCAGCCGAGACCCCCAAACCCUUGGGUAACGUCAAGCCAGCCGAGACCCCCAAACCCUUGGGUAACGUCAAGCCAGCCGAGACCCCCAAACCCUUGGGUAACGUCAAGCCAGCCGAGACCCCCAAACCCGUGGGUAACGUCAAGCCAGCCGAGACCCCCAAACCUGUGGGCAACGCCAAGCCAGCCGAGACCCCCAAACCCUUGAGUAACGUCAAGCCAGCCGAGACCCCCAAAUCUGUGGGCAACACCAAGCCAGCUGAGACCUCUAAACCCUUGGAUAACACCAAGCCAGCUGAGGCCCCUAAACCCUUGGGCAAUGCCAAGCCAGCUGAAAUCCCAAAACCCACUGGGAAAGAAGAACUUAAGAAGGAGGUUAAGAAUGAUGUGAACUGCAAGAAGGGCCAUGCAGGGGCCACAGACAGUGAAAAGAGACCAGAGAGCCGAGGGACAGCCCCGACCUUUGAGGAGAAACUACAAGAUCUCCAUGUGGCAGAGGGUCAGAAGCUGCUGCUCCAGUGCAGGGUGUCCUCUGACCCCCCGGCCACCGUCACUUGGACACUGAAUGGAAAGACCCUCAAGACCACUAAGUUCAUCGUCCUCUCCCAAGAAGGCUCCUUGUGCUCCGUCUCCAUCGAGAAGGCACUGCCCGAGGACAGAGGCUUGUACAAGUGUGUAGCCAAGAACAGUGCCGGCCAGGCUGAGUCCUCCUGCCAAGUCACCGUGGACGUUCCAGAUGCCCCCGCCAGCGAAAAUGCCAAGGCCCCGGAGAUGAAAGCCCGGAGGCCGAAGAGCUCUCUUCCUCCAGUGCUAGGAACAGAGAGUGAUGCAACUGUGAAAAAGAAACCUGCCCCCAAGACACCUCCGAAGGCAGCCAUGCCGCCUCAGAUCAUCCAGUUUCCUGAGGACCAGAAGGUGCGGGCAGGAGAGUCUGUGGAGCUCUUUGGUAAGGUGGCCGGCACCCAGCCCAUCACCUGCACCUGGAUGAAGUUCCGAAAGCAGAUCCAGGACAGCGAGCACAUCAAGGUGGAGAACAGUGAGCAGGGCAGCAAGCUCACCAUCCGGGCGGCGCGCCAGGAGCACUGCGGCUGCUACACCCUGCUGGUGGAGAACAAACUGGGCAGCAGGCAGGCCCAGGUCAACCUCACCGUGGUGGAUAAGCCAGACCCCCCAGCUGGCACGCCUUGUGCCUCUGACAUCCGAAGCUCCUCGCUGACCUUGUCCUGGUACGGUUCCUCGUAUGAUGGGGGCAGCGCCGUACAGUCAUACAGUGUCGAGAUCUGGGACUCAGUGGACAAGACGUGGAAGGAACUAGCCACGUGCCGCAGCACUUCUUUCAACGUCCAGGACCUGCUGCCUGACCGAGAAUAUAAGUUCCGUGUGCGUGCAAUCAAUGUCUAUGGAACCAGUGAGCCAAGCCAGGAGUCUGAACUGACAGCCUUGGGAGAGAAACCUGAAGAAGAGCCGAAGGACGAAGUGGAGGUGUCAGAUGAUGAUGAGAAGGAACCUGAGGUCGACUACCGGACCGUCACGGUCAAUACCGAGCAGAAAGUGUCCGACUUCUAUGACAUCGAAGAGAGACUAGGAUCUGGGAAAUUUGGACAGGUCUUUCGACUUGUAGAAAAGAAAACUGGAAAAAUCUGGGCAGGGAAAUUCUUCAGCUAUUCGGCCAAGGAGAAAGAGAACAUCCGUCAGGAGAUCAGCAUCAUGAACUGCCUGCACCACCCCAAGCUGGUCCAGUGUGUGGACGCCUUUGAAGAGAAGGCCAAUAUCGUCAUGGUCCUGGAGAUCGUGUCCGGGGGCGAGCUGUUCGAGCGCAUCAUUGAUGAGGACUUCGAGCUGACGGAGCGGGAGUGCAUCAAGUACAUGAAGCAGAUCUCGGAGGGGGUGGAGUACAUCCACAAGCAGGGCAUCGUCCACCUGGACCUCAAGCCCGAGAACAUCAUGUGUGUCAACAAGACAGGCACCAGGAUCAAGCUCAUCGACUUCGGUCUGGCCAGGAGGUUGGAGAAUGCGGGGUCUCUGAAGGUCCUCUUUGGCACCCCGGAGUUCGUCGCACCCGAGGUGAUCAACUACGAGCCCAUUGGCUAUGCCACGGACAUGUGGAGCAUCGGGGUCAUCUGCUAUAUCCUGGUCAGUGGACUGUCCCCCUUCAUGGGUGACAAUGACAACGAAACCUUAGCCAACGUUACCUCAGCCACCUGGGACUUCGACGACGAGGCCUUUGACGAGAUCUCCGAUGACGCCAAGGAUUUUAUCAGCAACUUGCUGAAGAAGGAUAUGAAAAACCGCUUGAACUGCACCCAGUGCCUUCAGCAUCCAUGGCUAAUGAAAGACACCAAGAACAUGGAGGCCAAGAAACUCUCCAAGGACCGGAUGAAGAAGUACAUGGCAAGAAGGAAAUGGCAGAAAACGGGCAAUGCUGUGAGAGCCAUCGGAAGACUGUCCUCUAUGGCAAUGAUCUCAGGGCUCAGUGGCAGGAAAUCCUCAACAGGGUCACCAACCAGCCCGCUCAAUGCAGAAAAACUAGAAUCUGAAGAAGAUGUCUCCCAAGCUUUCCUGGAGGCUGUUGCUGAGGAGAAGCCCCAUGUAAAACCCUACUUUUCCAAGACCAUUCGUGAUUUAGAAGUUGUGGAGGGAAGUGCUGCUAGAUUUGACUGCAAGAUUGAAGGAUACCCGGACCCUGAAGUCGUCUGGUUCAAAGAUGACCAAUCAAUCCGGGAGUCCCGCCACUUCCAGAUAGACUACGACGAGGAUGGGAACUGCUCUUUAAUCAUUAGUGAUGUUUGCGGGGAUGAUGAUGCCAAGUACACCUGCAAGGCUGUCAACAGUCUCGGAGAAGCCACCUGCACAGCAGAGCUCAUCGUGGAAACCAUGGAGGAAGGAGAAGGGGAAGGGGGAGAGGAGGAGGAGGAAGAGUGAAGCAAAGCCAGAGAGAAGCAGCGUCUGAGUCAUAUUACAAAGACUAUUUCUCUAAAGCUCGAAAAAAAAAAAAAAAAAAAAAAACCCCUGCAAGAUAGUAAAAGCACCCAGUGUGAUAGAUUCUUUAGUUAGGUUAUUUGGGGGUUGAUUCUUCAGCAGCAGUGAUUGACACCCAGCAGCAUUAUUGAUGGGCAUUACUUUAAAUUAGCUGGCACCUUAAGAUGCUAGUACAGCUAGAUUUCAUUUAGGGAAAACACCAGUAACUUUCUGACUAACUGAUUUUAGAGAAAAAGUAACCAAAAGGGAGCUUUAUCUGGGCAAAGUCAUAAAUUCCCCAACUGAAAGCACUCAUGAAAAAUAAGACCCUCUGGUCACAGCCAGCCCAAGGGUCCCUGGAUAUGGGGACUCCCCAGCUCCUCCUCCAGGGAACUGGGUCUUCUCCAGGCCUGUGGCACUUCAUUCUGCAGGCAGUUGAGCCAUUUUAAUUUAUGAGGCACAGUAUUUCCAAAGUAUACCGUAGACAUUGGAACUUUUCAUUUCCAUCCCCUGUUAUACCUGCCAGUUUUUCUGGAUCUGGGCUUGCCAUGAGUUUAAUCAUUAGGGACACUGCCUUGAUUCUGAAGACAUAUCUCCUGCUCUCAUGGAUGACUGACUCCCUUAGAAAAAUAAAAUCUCCUUUCUUCCAAAAUCAGUAGGAAAUCUAAACUUUCCCCUCUGAAGAUGUCUAGCAGCUUCAGACAUUUUUAUAAGAACCUAUGGGAAAAAAAUCCAUGUUAAUGUGCUUUUUUCCCAUGAAACCAGGAUUCAUAUUUGUGCUGUUUAGAAUACCAGCUCUGCAUGUGUGGUAAAGAUUUUUGUGUUUGAAUGUAUGAAAAAGCAGUUUGCUGAGAAGUUAGUCUUAAUUAUUUAUUGGCCACUAUGAAACAGACUUCAACUGAAGAGCUAUAGAACUCCAUGUACUUUGGAAUCUCAGCCAGGAUAGUCUGAGUUUAAUAUACCUUCAUUUUUAAACAUGUUCCAAACAGUUCUGUCUACCUUCUGGGUUCCACAAGGUUCUUCUUGGAUGUGCAUCAGUCAUGCCUUGCCCCCAACCUUGAAAUAUAUUCUUAACCUGAUACAUGCACUCAGAGUUUCGUCUUUAGGAAUUUCUAACUUUCUUUCACUACAUUGGCACUUAAAAUUUUUCUUCAUAAAACUUUUUGCAGGCCAUAAACAAAGACCAUAAACUGAUAUGCCUAAUACAUUUCCUCUGUGUGUGUGUAACAUUCCAAAUACUUUUUUCUUUUCAUCCACUAUUUGUAAAGUGCAGCAGUUUAAUAUUUCAAAGGACUUUUAAAGAGUUCUUUAAGAACCAAUUUUAAAUUACUUCAGUGCAAUCCUACACAGUAUCAGCAUUAGAAUUUUGAUGUUACUUAGUCUUAUGUUAUCUUCCAUUCUAUUUUAUCUGCUUCUUGCUGCUAGUUUCAAAUUGCCAGUAUUUUGCUUUUUAAGCAGUUACAAUAUUUUUCAUAAUAGCCACAGUAUUGCCACAGUUUAUUAUAAUAAAGCAUUUUAAAGUUGAUUUAGAGCAUUCAAAGCUUUUCUUCAUCACUUUUCAUUGUAUUUAGACUAUAACCUUCGUGUGCGUGUAUGUUGUAUACGUGUGCGCAUGUGUGGUGUGUAUUUUUGUUUACAGGUUUUUUGAUGCCUUCUUGAAGUUGUGUUAAUGUUCUCCCAGUUUAUUAUGCCAUCAGAAUGGUAAAUGAGAACACUACAACUGUAGUUAGCUCACAGUUUUUAAAUAAAGGAUACCACAGUG